UUAAGAUAGAUCUGGCAACUCUGCUCCGCCCAGGACCGUUUUCCUCGCGCUGGCUGUGAGAGCAUCCGCAUCUGCACGAGCUUUUAUUAUAAACGCAAAACACGAGCUUCAUGCAACAAUGCGGAUUUUACACUGGGCCAUGAUUCUGGCGUUAGGUUUGGCUGUCCAGGCACAGCUUCUUCCUGAAGCCAACAAUAUGUGUUCAGAGGGAAGCUGUUACCCUGCCACAGGCGACCUGUUGAUCGGCAGAGCUCAUCGCCUUACAGCCUCGUCAACCUGUGGACUUUACUCUCCUGAACACUUCUGCAUCUUCAGCAGCCUAGCGGCUGAGAAGUGUUUUGAGUGUGACUCUCGGGACCUCUACAAUGAAGUCACCCAUCCCAACAGCCACACCAUCGACAACGUGGUCACAACCUUUACUCCUAACCGUCUCGUAACUUGGUGGCAGUCAGAGAACGGAGUGGAGAAUGUGACUAUUCAACUGGACUUAGAAGCAGAAUUCCACUUUACCCAUAUCAUCAUGACCUUUAAGACAUUUCGUCCUGCAGCGAUGGUGAUUGAGCGUUCAUCAGAUUUUGGACAGACCUGGAAGGUGUACCGUUACUUUGCAUCUAACUGCUCAGCUUCCUUUCCACACAUCUCCCAAGGACCGGUCAAGAGUGUUGAUGAGGUCAUCUGUGAUUCACGGUACUCUAGCAUCGAGCCUUCAACAGAGGGAGAGGUGAUUUACCGAGCACUUGACCCUAUAUUUAAGAUUCCUGAUCCCUACAGUCAAGGAAUCCAAAACUUCCUGAGAAUAACUAACCUGCGAAUGCGGAUGGUGAAGCUACACAUGCUCGGCGAUAACCUUCUGGACGGAGGAGAUGAGGUGAAGAAUAAAUACUACUAUGCUCUCUAUGACAUGGUUGUUCGUGGCAACUGCUUCUGUUAUGGUCACUCCUCCGAGUGUGCACCAGGGGACGACAGCGAGGAUGGGCCUGAAGGCAUGGUCCACGGCAAAUGUGUGUGCAAUCAUCACACGUCUGGAUUAAACUGUGAGAGGUGUCAAGACUUUUAUCAAGACGUCCCAUGGAGACCUGCAGAGGGCAGAAACACAAAUGAGUGCAAGAAGUGUGAGUGUAAUCAGCACUCAAAUGCGUGUCACUUCAACAUGGCGAUGUAUGUUGCAUCGGGGAACAGGAGUGGAGGAGUGUGUGAUGAUUGUCAACACAACACUCAGGGGCAACACUGUGAGGGAUGCAAGCCCUUCUACUACCAGCAUCCUAACAGGGACAUAAGAGACCCUCACAUCUGUGAACGGUGUGACUGUGACAUAUGGGGCUCACUGAACGGCGGUGUGUGCGACAGUGCGACUGACGUGAUGAGAGGACUAAUCGCCGGUCAAUGUCGCUGUAAGGAGAAUGUGGAGGGAGAACGCUGCGAUCACUGCAAACGAGGAUACUACGGGCUCAGCCAAGACAUGCUAGGCUGCCUUCCAUGCAGCUGUAAUCCUCUGGGUACUCUUCCUGGAGGAAAUCCCUGUGACACAGAUACAGGAAUAUGUUAUUGCAAACGCCUUGUCACUGGGCGAAACUGUGAUCGGUGUCAGCCUCAGCACUGGGGCCUGAGCACCGAUAAGGAUGGCUGUCGGCCAUGUGACUGCGAUCUCGGAGGAGCUCUGAACAACGAUUGUUCUCCACAUACAGGGCAGUGUGUGUGUCGAGAGCACAUGUCUGGCAGACGCUGUAACACCUUAAACCCCGGAUAUUAUUUCACUGCCCUUGACCACUACACUUAUGAGGCAGAGGAAGCUGCAUUCGGACCGGCAGUGACAGUGGUGACGAGGCCUAUUCCUCGGCCUGCAGAUCGACACCCAACCUGGACUGGUGUUGGGUUCGCCAAAGUACCUGAAAGAGAAACCCUGCAGUUUACCAUUGACAACAUUCCACAGUCUAUGGAUUAUGACUUGUUGAUCCGCUAUGAACCUCAGUUACCUGAAGUGUGGGAGCAGGUGAGAGUAGAUGUGACACAGCCUGCUUAUCCUCUCACGCCUGCAAAAUGUUUAGGUUCAUUCUCUGACCAUCAGACCAUCUCACUUCCUCCUGGCUCCAGGUAUAUGGUCUUGUCCAGGCCACUGUGUUUAGAAAAGGGCGAGAAAUACACGGUGAAAUUAAAUCUGUCCCAUUUCUCAUCAAAUGAUUUUCAUCACCAGCCACACAUCUUGAUUGACUCUAUUGUGCUGUUGCCUGUUGUUCGAGAUCUGGAAAUGUUCUCAGGAUCAGCUGACGGAGAGGCGGCGUGGGAAAUGUUUCAGAAAUACCGCUGUCUCGAGAACAGCAAGAGCGUCCAGAAAUUACCCAUGAACGACAUCUGCAGAGGAUACAUCUUCAGCGCGUCAGCUCUGCUUCAACAGGGAGCUAUGGAAUGUGAGUGUGACCUACUAGGCUCUAACAGUACGAUGUGUGAUCCUAAUGGUGGCCAGUGCCUAUGCAGGAAAAAUGUGAUAGGCAGGAAGUGUAACAGCUGCGCCCCAAGUACCUUCCAGCUGGAACCUUCAGGCUGCAGGCCAUGUGAGUGUGACCCACUGGGCUCAAAGAACCCUUUCUGCAAUUCGACCACAGGCCAGUGCUUGUGUUUACCCGGUGUUUAUGGACGUCAGUGUGCCCACUGUCUCCCCAGGCACUGGGGCUUCCCACACUGCCAACAAUGCUUCUGUAAUGGGCACGGGGAGCACUGUCACCCUCAAACAGGCCAGUGCUUAGAGUGCAGAGACCACACCACAGGAGACCAGUGUGAGAGGUGCAAGACUGGUUACCACGGCAAUGCGUUAAUAGGCAGCACUGACCGCUGUCGGCCCUGUAUGUGUCCUGAUGGCCCGGACAGUGGAAGACAGUUUGCAGACACCUGCUACCAAAACCCUACUUCACUCCAGCUUGUCUGUGUGUGCAGCCAAGGAUACAAAGGACCAAGGUGUGAGGACUGUGCACCUGGUUACUAUGGCAACCCACAGGUGUCAGGCGGACGGUGCCACCCAUGCCAGUGUAAUGGCAACAUAAACAUGCACGAUCCGUUGUCCUGUGAUGCCCGCACAGGGAUCUGUCUCAGAUGCCUGCAUAACACUGAAGGCCAGGCGUGUCAGCAUUGUCGCCGUGGUUACUAUGGAGAUGCUAGCACCCAGAACUGCCAGAGGUGCAUGUGCCAGCCUUUGGGUACUGACAGUUCCAGGUGUGUAGACGGUGAGUGUCAGUGUAACCAGGUGAGUGGGCAGUGCCCAUGCUUACCCAAUGUAGAGGGUCUGCACUGUGACCACUGUGCCCCUAACACCUGGAACUUCAACAGUGAAGAAGGCUGCCAGUCAUGCCAGUGUCAUCCCACACACUCUUAUAGCCAGUCCUGCGAUGUAGUGUCCGGUCAGUGUGUCUGUAUGCCAGGAUUUGGUGGUAGGACCUGUGAUGAGUGUAGGCCUCUGUUCUGGGGUGAUCCAGAAGUCAGGUGUCAUGCAUGCGACUGUGACCCCAAAGGCACCGCUACACCACAGUGUAACAAAACGUCGGGAGCAUGUGUGUGUGUCGAGGGUGUGGGCGGACCCCGGUGUGACUCAUGUGGGCGGGGCUAUGUGGGAACCUUCCCAGACUGCCAGCCAUGUCAUCAGUGCUUCCGUGAAUGGGAUGUCACGGUGGGAGAGCUGACCAAUCAGACGCAGCAGUUAGUGGACACGGUGGAACAACUGAAAGUUACAGGUGUGACAGCAGCCUAUCAGGAGACAAUAGACAGCCUGGAAGGCGGAGCCAAGCAAAUCACUCAGAUACUAGAGGAUGAUAAGGCUCAGAAAACUCUUAGACACUCUCAAGAGCUUCUGCAGCAGGCCAAGAGCAUCAUGACUGAUCUGGAACCCUCUCUGAACCAUUCAGAGGUGGAUGUAAAGCAGACCGCUGAGGAACAUCGCAGGGUUGCAAAGGAGCUUAUUACGCUCAGUGUGGAUAUUCAGAAGCAACAAGAAAGCUUUAAUAACACACAGCAACAGGUGCUGCGCAUCAAACACUCCGACGCAGUGGGUGCAGUAGACAGUAUUAGGGAAUAUUACCAGGAGACAGUAGAGGCAGAAAGUCAAGUCAAUCGGACCACCACAGGUUCACACAGCCAUUUGGAGCAGUCAGCGAGUCGACGGAAAGCCACGGAGGUCAGACUGAAAGCCGAGGAGGGAGAGUUUGAUCAGAAGCAACGAUUGGACACUCAGAUACUGAACACACUAAACCAGGAUCUGGAGCGAGAUGAGCUUUCACAACUUAGUGAGAAGGUGUGUGGUGGAAAGUGGAGUCCAAACGGCUGUGGAGAAUGUGGAGGUUUGGGGUGUGUGACUGAGGAUGGAAAACAUCAGUGUGGAGGACAGGACUGUAAAGGUGUGCUUACCCAAACCAACAAUGCAUGGAAAAAAGCUAAAGACCUGGACAAGGACAUCAUGGACUCACUAAAAGAAGUGGAAAAGCUCCAGAGGAUGGUUUCUACUGCUCAAGGACGUGCAGAAGAGAGUAAAAGCAGCGCACAGGAGAUCCAGGAGAAAGCCAAUAAGAACAAAGCAAAAGUUGAGCAGACCAAUCAGGAGCUGCGAGAGCUCAUUCAGCAAAUAAGAGACUUUCUUACAAGUGGAACAGAUCUGGAGCGUAUUGAAGCACUAUCUGAUGAAGUUCUGAAGAUGAAGAUGCCAGUGUUUGUUGGCGAGCUGAAGAACGUGACGUCAGAGAUCCGGCAGCACGUGGCCAGUCUGACCAGCGUGGACGAUGUCCUGGCUCAAAGUUCUGAACAGGCACAAACAGCUGAAAGACUGCUGCAACAGGCACGCUCUAUAAGUGAGGAAGCUACACAACUGAGGGAAAAAGUGGACAAAGUGAAGGCGGCACUAAACGAAUCAGAGCACGCUCAGUCUGUAGCAAACGACAGCUUGAAUGCAACCAAGAGUGACCUUGUCUACAUAAAACAACAAAUAAAAACUGUGGAAUCUAAAACAGUGGCGUCUGAGUUUAUGUUGAGUAACACCACUCAUCGGUUGCUGGAUCUUGAGAAGAACGUGGUUGCAGUGGAACAGAAAACUCGAGAAUCCUUCGACAGUGCUCAAAGUGCUGAAAACAAGGCAGACUAUGUCUCUGACGACACGGACCAAACCAAAAGGAAACUAGAUUUAGAGGUUCAGCCUAAGUUCCAGUCGGUUCGAGGCCUGAUGGAGGAGAAAGCAUUCGGUGUGUCUGAUGCACGACAGAGAGCAGAACGACUGCAAGAAGAAGCGAAGAACUUAGCUGCUGAUGUCGUUACCAAAUUAAGUAAUCUAAAUGAGCUGGAGCGGAUGUUCUCCGUGAAUCAGAAGACCCUGGCGGAGAGAGCAGCAGAGAUAGAGGAGCUGGAGAAAGAGGCCCAGGCUGUGCUACAGGAACUCAGCCAGACUGUCACAGUCUACAGCACCUGUCUGUAACAAAUAUCCCCAAAAUGAUCUAUUUAUCAACACCACAUUAUAGAUACUUUCUAACACUGAAUUAUUUUAACCACUCACCACCAACACACACACACACACACACACACACACACACACACACACACACACACACACACACAUACACAUACAUGCGCAGUCAGCAUUGAUGCUACCUGUGCUGACAAGUUGAGUACUGUUUUCUUCAUGGGGUAAACUUGGAAGACACCCUUAAUCAGAGUGACUUACAUUUAUCUCAUCCAUACAACUGAUCAGCUAUGGGGUUAAGGGCCUUGCUCAGGGGCCCAGGAGUGGCAGCUUGAUGUGUCUGGGAUUUGAACUCACGACCUUUUGAUCGAAAGUCCAAUGCCUUAAUUACUAAGCUACUUCCUCCUAAUGAGCUGUAUAAAUAACUACAUGAAUGCACAGGUGUACAGAUGUUUAAUCUAUUAUUAAAUAAUUCAUUCAUACACUAUAUUGCCAAAGUUUGCAGACACCUGGGCAUAAGUACGGUAUGUGCUUUUUGAGCAUCGCAUUCCACAUUUAGUCCCAAU